AUGCAUCCGAUAAACCUUACCACCAUUGAAUCGACAAUAGAUGUGUACAAUAAUGUAGCCCAAACCGGAAAGCUUAAUCAGACCUUUUUCGAGUUAUCUAUCAGGAGAAAAAUAGGCAGAAUUAAUCUGUUGUUCAAUAGAAUUAGGCCACAGCGAAUCAAACGAUGGGAAUCAUUAGAAACGUAUGAGAAACUUGACAAAACUUUCAAUUCACUGUUAGAUAACGAGCAGUAUUUGGAAAAAGUAACAUUCGAUAGUUUAGACUCUUUGAAUUUCAUAUUUGAGAUUGAUGAAUUAUUAUACAAUUUAGAGAUAAUUGAAGAAUCUAUAACACUAGCCGGACGAAGCAUCCCAAGCAGCCGCAUCAUCCACCCUGAAGAACUUUCGGUUAUUCGCCAUACCCUCAACGAUAACGGUUUUCGAUUGAACUCGGUCGACGAUAUGUUGAACAUUGCUAGCGCGUACGCAGUAUAUAACAACGAGAUGUUCAUGUAUAUACUCAAAAUACCAAAAAUCAAGGAUGUGCAAUACAAAAUUGGUUUGAUUGAACCCGUAAUUGCCAAUAAUUUGCUUAGAAUUCAUCUCACGGCACAAUUUUAUAUUGAAGGACAGAACGUAUUUAUGUAAAACCCGUGUCCAAAGAUGAAAGAUCUCUCUAUAUGUUCCUCCAGCAACUUGGAACCGCCUACGGAGUGCAUUCAACAAUUAGUUUCAGGACAACACACAGCCAAAUGUCCUAUGGAACGAAUUUACGAAGCUAAAACUAUUCGUAAAAUCACAGAAGGCAACAUCAUGGUUACAGGAUCCAACAUUACACUUUCAUCAAAUUGUUCAUCCGAACGAUUACUCAAUGGGUCAUUCCUCAUACAAUACUCUAAUUGUACUGUGAAGCUGGACGACGAGGAGUAUGCUAACUCCGACUUGGAAAUUCAACCAUUCAUCCCUACCACAGGAAUUAAGGUCAGUCCAACUAUACUGAUAAACAAUAUCCCGUUACAGCAUCUGCAAGAGAUGCAUUUAGAACACAGAAACCAGAUAGAUCAUCUCAACUUAACUACGAACAAUCUGCAUUGGAAACUACAUAUGUUUGGAUGGUUAACCUCAUUAUCAACAACAGUUAUAAUCAUAUGUAUCCUGGGCCUGAUCAUAGCCAUCAUCUUUAAAAUAUUUAGUUGGAGAAAACAUCUCACACUUAACACAAAAGAAGAUAUUCAUAUCAAUUUCAGCCUAGCAACUGAUGGAUGUCCCGAAUCAAGAGAUAUACCACUUAUCCCACAGCAAUAGA